GGUCUUCAGAGCAAAGGAAUUAGCAACAAAAUCCGAAAAGUCCACUGGUGAGUCAACAGAAUUACUUUGUGCUGCGAGAAUAUAAGUAUCUAUCGCACCAGCAUCAAGUUCCAAAAUCUUCUUUUUCAUCAAUCCCACCAUCGAAAGUAGCAACAUUUCCUCUACUGACUUAGAAUCAACAUUUUACCCACAAAUUGCUUACCGAAUUAUACCCGAGUGCACAAAUACUAUCUUAUCAAUUUCGUCAUCCGCCAGGCAUCAUCACACUUCGAAAAAUUCCAAGAAACAGAAUCUAAUACCUUCAACUCCAAAAAUGACAGACCCAAAACUUGCUCCCUUCAGCCUGCACGCAACUUCAUAUAAAACCGUGCAAGGUGUUGAAUUUCCCGCACACAUCCUUAUCCCAAAAUCCAUCGCUGCCUCCACAACACCGGAAAAAUAUCCGGUCCUCGUGAGAUUUCAUGGAGGAUAUCUAGUUACAGGCUCGGCGCUCUACACAGAAUGGCUUCCCGAUUGGGCGAUUGAUCUCGUGGUGAAGAGUGAGGCGAUCUUAGUUAUGCCUGAUUAUCGAUUAUUGCCUGAAGCUAGUGGACAGGAGAUUUUGGAGGAUGUGAAGGAUUUCUGGACGUGGGUUGCGUCUGAUGUUAACGGCCUCUCGUCAUAUCUCUCACGGCUGAAUAGUAGCAUUUCUGUGGAUUUUGGAAAAGUGGCCGUCUAUGGUGAAAGUGCGGGAGGUUACCUGGCGAUCCGCAGCUCUCUCUUCCCGGAAGAUUCCUGGGGAAAUAAUAAGGGAUUCACGGGUCCGAAAGCGGUUAUUGCGGCAUAUCCCAUGACGCUUUUGAAAAAGGAUUGGUACUCUGUGGCUAGUGAGACGAAGAGUCCUUUUGGAGUUCCACAGCUGGAUGAAGGCUUGUUGAAUGAUCAUAUUGCUGAUAUUGGCAAGGGGGGCGAGAAAAUAGUGAUUAGUGCGGACCCACCUGCGAGAUUGGAAAUCGCGGUUACGAUGGUGCAGAAAGGGAGGUGGACAGAGAUUUUCAAGAGAGAUGGAGGGGAGGGGUUGUGGUUGGAUGAGAUUAUUGAAGAUUUGGAUGUGAGGGAAGAGAAGAGACCUUAUUUGUUGACGUUUCAUGGAACGAAAGAUACGGCUGUUCCGUGGGAGGAUACGGAGGAGUGGGUGGAGAUCUAUGGGAAGAAGUUUGGAGAGGAUAGAGUGAAGGGUGUUUGGAGGGAGGGGAUGGAACAUGGGUUUGAUACGUCUAUGGAUGAGGAGAAGGGGGAGGGAGAAUGGCUGCAAGAAGAGUUGGAAGUGGUUAAGAGGGAGUGGUUGGGGAAUUAGAGAAGAUGGGAUAGAUUUAACAGAUAGAACGUACAGAUCGUAUUGAAUAUAAGAGGAAGACUAGAUAGAGAGUGAAGUAAGUAUAGAAUGGAAAUACUAAACGCCUAGUUCGUCCCACAGUCUAUUUCACUUGUUCAAUCAGUCCCAAUGCAAUCCAGACCUCUAUAUGUAGUUGAAAGCUACAUCGGAGAUUAUAAUGAACAAUGGAUAAUGGAUAAUCA